UGUUUUCGACUCUACUGAUUGUAAAUUUGCAAGGUUGUGAUUUUCUUAAGUCUUAAAGCCGCCCCCAAUGUGUAUAAAAAUCCUAAACAGGAAUGUUGUCAUGCCUAUCGCUGUUGCACUGAUACUGACACAAGUGAGUGGGCGGGCAUAGCCCAGGUGAGCGAUUCCGAGAAAUCGGCACGCUAUGCAAUGCACACCACUAUCAAGUGAUCGGUGAUCACAUGCCGAGGGUAAUUUCUAUCCAACGGUUCUUCCUGGUUAACUCCAGUUACAGCCAUGCCUGUAUAUGGACGAUACCUCUAUGUUCUCCUAGGAAUAUACCCGGGGAAUUUCUGCAUCAAAUUGUGCUUACGUGUGCGAAUCUAGCCCCCUGACAUGGCGACGUUUGUCGAUACCGAGGAGAGGGAGAAGGCUCGACUACGUAAGGCGGAAGUAGACGGACUCUCCCAGCAGACCAUGACGCCAGUCAUCAAGGAGUGUCUCCGCCUGAAGAUACUCAGUGACAGACACUCACACGGCUUACCCGAAUAUCAGGCACUGUUUGCUGAACCCGUGAGACACGAGUUACGCGACGACGAGAAGAUGAGACUGGAACGUCGGAGGCAACAGAACAAGGAGGCGGCCAGGCGAUGUCGUGAGAAGAAGAGAGCACAGAGGACCGCCAUAGAGAAUGUAUACGAUGAGGAAGUGCGGUUGAAGACAGGCUUGGAUACGGAGAUAAGACGCCUUCAGCAGCAACUGAAUAACAUGCAGAUUUUCCUUAAUAACCACCUGAAAUCCGGUUCUUGUCUCAUCAGCCACGUGUCUGACCCCAACGCGGACUAUUCGCCUGACCUUUGUCACGCGCUAUCUGUAUUUAACUGUCAGCGUCAGUUGGGGAACUUACAUCCACUCGAGACUCAUCAACUUGACAAUAGAGAACAAAAUCAGGAAAUACGCCAAGAACACGAAGCGAUGACUUCCAACAUGGCUGCGCAAAUCAUUGAAGGUCAAGGACAAACCUUUGAAAUUCAUCAAGGUCACUCGAGGAUUGUUUCAGACAAGGAACGCCAUUACAAGAACGGGCAAACAUUGAUCAUGGUCCACGAGGGUGAGACGACCACCUGGUCCGAUACCCAGCAUCACAACGGGGAACCGUUACAAGGCCACGUGACAGCCAGCUCCACCAACGUCCUCCAGUUCCCCGGGGGUCAGGCACCGGACAGUGCAAUGCUCGACGUUACGUCGUGUCCCACAGCUGACAGACACUUCCACAAAGGCGUCAGUCAAGAGUUGGCGUGGACGUUUCAAACUCCAAACGACUUACGUAUUUCCCCAGAGACUCUGAACGGGAACCUUCAGGGGAGGCCCGGUACUUGUCACAACCAGGGACUAAUGGCGGAGAGUGCAUAUUCCUUUCUGACAUUCCAUGGAUACCUUGACAGUGAUCAGCUUCAUCUUGACACAUCCCCUCGGAGUGAUGCAGCUAUGACCCCAAGGUUAGAGAGUGAUGACACUAAUGCUGAGGCUGCAGGGCAUCAUUCCGAUCACACAGAGGACAUCGCACAAAGGGAUGUACUUAAAGAGGGUCUUGACAAUUUGAUACUCGUGGAGUUAAAUGUAAUACCAGAUGAACUGAAUGGGAUGUACACAGCUGCAGGCACUGGAACACAUUUGACGACCUGCUGACAACAGUGUGAGUAGGGAUGGGAUGGGAUGUACACAACUGCAGUCACUGGAACACAUGUGGCUUCCUGCUGACAACAGUGUGAGUAGGGAUGGAAUGGGAUGUACACAACUGCAGUCACUGGAACAUAUGUGACUUCCUGCUGACAACAGUGUGAGUAGGGAUGGGAUGGGAUGUACACAGCUGCAGGCACUGGAACACAUUUGACGACCUGCUGACAACAGUGUGAGUAGGGAUGGGAUGGGAUGUACACAACUGCAGUCACUGGAACACAUGUGGCUUCCUGCUGACAACAGUGUGAGUAGGGAUGGAAUGGGAUGUACACAACUGCAGUCACUGGAACAUAUGUGACUUCCUGCUGACAACAGUGUGAGUAGGGAUGGGAUGGGAUGUACACAGCUGCAGGCACUGGAACACAUUUGACGACCUGCUGACAACAGUGUGAGUAGGGAUGGGAUGGGAUGUACACAACUGCAGUCACUGGAACACAUGUGGCUUCCUGCUGACAACAGUGUGAGUAGGGAUGGAAUGGGAUGUACACAACUGCAGUCACUGGAACAUAUGUGACUUCCUGCUGACAACAGUGUGAGUAGGGAUGGGAUGGGAUGUACACAACUGCAGUCACUGGAACACAUCUGACGUCCUGCUGACAACAGUGAGAGUAGGGAUGGAAUGGGAUGUACACAACUGCAGGCACUGGAACACAUGUGACUUCCUGCUGACAACAGAGUGAGUAGGGAUGGGAUGGGAUGUACACAACUGUAGUCACUGGAACACAUCUGACGUCCUGCUGACAACACUGUGAGUAGGGAUGGGAUGGGAUGUCCACAACUGCAGGCACUGGAACACAUGUGACUUCCUGCUGACAACAGAGUGAGUAGGGAUGGGAUGGAAUGUACACAACUGUAGUCACUGGAACACAUCUGACGUCCUGCUGACAACAGUGAGAGUAGGGAUGGAAUGGGAUGUACACAACUGCAGGCACUGGAACACAUGUGACUUCCUGCUGACAACAGAGUGAGUAGGGAUGGGAUGGGAUGUACACAACUGUAGUCACUGGAACACAUCUGACGUCCUGCUGACAACACUGUGAGUAGGGAUGGGAUGGGAUGUCCACAACUGCAGGCACUGGAACACAUGUGACUUCCUGCUGACAACAGAGUGAGUAGGGAUGGGAUGGAAUGUACACAACUGUAGUCACUGGAACACAUCUGACGUCCUGCUGACAACAGUGUGAGUAGGAAGAAAGUUAACCAGUGUAGUCGGAACUCAGUAUAUAGAGUUGCGUCCCUUUUUCGUGCCAGGAUUCGACAACAUUACGCUGUGAUAUAACUGAACUACUAUACCAGACAGUGUUAAAGCAAGCUUAUACACAUUAUAAAUGUGACAUCAACGUGUGGAGUGGUUACCAUAUAGCAUUAAGACAACUGAUGUUAUCAAUCUUAGUGACAAGGUUAGAUUUUGUAAGCGGACGGGUUAUCUCUGAUUCUGAUCUGAAUCACAACCUCUAUCUCGGAAUGAUGGCUUACCAAACUCAUUGAAAUCAGAUCGUAGUUCUCGCUACCUAAACAAUGAUCUGAGGACAUCCCAUUACGGUUCAGGUCGGACGACCUUUCAUCUGACCAAUCAGAGCAUCGCUUAUCAGAUAAUGAAAGUGACAGUUGGAAUGUGAUUGUUGGUCGGGCAACCUCGAAAAGAAAACCAGGGUAUUCCGAACGACAGUAUGUCUGUAUGCAUACAAUCUAGACCAUUUAUUAGCAAUUCCAGAAUGUUCUUUUGUUCAUUUUAUUUUUUUAAUCGAGUAUAUUCCAAAAUAUAGCGUUAGUCGCCAGUUUGAAACUCGUGCCGUAAAGCUCGAUUAAGCUGCCUUCUGAUUGGCUAUUGUCGACUUCUUGUUGGUCAUUCCUUUGGUCGAUCAAAGUUCGCGAUGGGUCGGUCUGACGUGACCCGUAAUGGGAUGUCCUCAGAUCUUUGUUUAGCGGUUGCGAGAACUAGGAUCUGAUUGUGAUGAGAUUUGACGUCUUGCAUGCUGCGUUCCAGAUUUCCCCUGUGAUAUUUAUCCCAUUUGGUUAACUCGACUGUGAUACGAGCAAACAUUGAACUAUGUGCUAUAUCCAUGUCUACUGUUCAUGGAAAGUUUUCACUUGCUGUCAAAUCGACACUGUUGACUCUUUGAUUAAUCAUGUCUACUACGGAUAACACGAACAUCACGCUGUGCUCUCUUCGAACACGAACUUCAAAGGACUGAGUCAGUCCCUUUCAUAACAAUUCCGCCAUUCACACAGAAGUAACAGCUCCAUUCGUGACCAACUCGUGCUAUUCCGGGACAAGCCGAAUAGCAGGUUACGGAAAGGGGCGAGUGGUGACGAAUGGGUACAGCUCCUGGCUUCGAGUCGGCUUCGGAAUGGGGUCCAACUUGUGAGAUGUUUAACAUCAGUGUGAAAUGCCGCCAUGUUUGAGAUCUUUAACAUCAGUGUGAAAUGCCGCCAUGUUUGAGAUGUUUAACAUCAGCGUGAAAUGCCGCCAUGUUUGAGAUGUUUAACAUCAGUGUGAAAUGCCGCCAUGUUUGAGAUGUUUAACAUCAGUGUGAAAUGCCGCCAUGUUUGAGAUGCUUAACAUCAGCGUGAAGUGCCGCCAUGUCUGAGAUGUUUAACAUCAGUGUGAAAUGCCGCCAUGUUUGAGAUGUUUAACAUCAGUGUGAAAUGCCGCCAUGUUUGAGAUGCUUAACAUCAGCGUGAAGUGCCGCCAUGUCUGAGAUGUUUAACAUCAGUGUGAAAUGCCGCCAUGUUUGAGAUCUUUAACAUCAGUGUGAAGUGCCGCCAUGUUUGAGAUGUUUAACAUCAGUGUGAAAUGCCGCCAUGUUUGAGAUGUUUAACAUCAGCGUGAAGUGCCGCCAUGUUUGAGAUGUUUAACAUCAGCGUAAAGUGCAACCAUUUUUUAGUCCUUUAUAUUCCCAUUUACACAGUCCACCUGAUACACAAAUACUCUUUUAUAUCAUUUGACAGAUUGCUGUUUGUUAUUUAUAUAUGUUGGCGUUGUGCAUAUUUGCUUCUGUCAUACUACUAGUAGUAGUUGUAGACGUAGUGUCAGAUGUAGUAGUACCAGCAGUAGAGAUGGCGAUCGUUACUUAGAUAUUCCUAUUUAAGAGCCUGUGAUCCUGUGACAGAUCCUAUGAUCCUGUGAAAAAUCCUGUGAUAGAUCCUCUGAUCCUGUAGUAAAAGAUGUUAUUUUUAGUCGAGCAUAUGAUCUCAUGAUAGAUGAUAGGAUGCCAAAAAAAUGUGUGAUGUCUCAAGCAUAUUAUCGCCAUGGGGAUUUGUUCAUUACCGCUGUCACCAUACCACACUGGAAUCAGGAAGGGAAGUGAAAUGUAUUCAAGCGUACAAGUCAUGUACAAAGGACAUACAUAUUACUCAUACGUCACAUAUCCCCAACCAAAUGGACCAAAGUUUCACAGUGUUACACAGUGUGAUAUAUUGUUGUUUUAUGUAAUAUAUUGUUACACAUAGUCUUUAUAAUAUGGUAUAUAUUGUAUAUAUAUUUAAUUCCUCAUUAUUCCCCCUGGGGAAGAAAUAUUUCUGUUUUGGGGGUUAGGUUAGGAUAUUUCAACAUAUACUUAUAAGCACAUUUUGCAAAAGAGAUUAACGUAAGCAGGAAAUAUUUGUGGUUUAUGGAGGCAACCGAACUUGUAUAUGCGAUGGUAGCUGAAACGUUUUGACCCCAAUUAUGAAGGAUGUAUAGUAUACCUUUAACGGAUUGCAUGUUUUGAGUACAACGGAUAUUUUCGACGCUAACAGGCUGCAUUUGAACCAAAUAUACAACCACGCAGCAUUGUUCUGCAGGCAUCAAAGUGACUACAUAUUUUCUGUUGAUGAAAAUGGACAAAAUUGGUUACCGCGUUGCCAUCCCGCAUCUCCAACUGAACCAAUAAUCCAUGGGGACAUGGUGUCUUCUUAAGGGGAUGAUGAUCUUUCCUUUGCCAUUCUUAAGGGGUGGGACCCGUGAAGAUUCCGGGGUGGAAUAUGUCUUCAGCAACCCAUGCUUGCCGUAAAAGACGACUAUGCUUGUCGUAAAAGGCGACUAACGGGAUCGGGUGGUCAGGCUCGCUGACUUGGCUGAUGCAUGCCAUCGGUCCCAAUUGCGUGGAUCGAUGCUCAUGAUAUCAAUCACUGGAUUGUCUGGUCCAGACUCGAUUAUUUACAGACCGCCGUCAUAUAGCUGGAAUACUGCUGAGUGCGGCGUUAAACAACAAACAAACAAACCAACACACCAGACCUUAAGGGGUGGGCAGCGGAAGUGUUGAUAAAAUAUAUGAUAUUGUUAUGAAUGAUUGAUGACUCGUCAUAGUCAAAAAGGCUAAAAAACAAAAGACGAGUCAUGAGAGAAUUGAGACAUUCUGAGUAAAGAACGGGACAUGGCAAAGGUUUCAGCGUGCUGGCGAGAGGUUCUGCUGACUCCUGACCAAAUACACUCCAGUUCCAUCAUCUCUCGUGAGAAUUGACAUCGGUUUGAAACAGACACAGCUAAUUUCUUUUAACGAGUUGUAACCAUGGAUAAGUUUUGGGUUCAUCACUUUCAGCCAGAGACUAAACAACACUGAAAGCAGGGGAAACAUCUAACGUCUCCGAAGAAGGAGGAAAAGUCUGCGCCAUCAUCUUUAGGUGAUGGUUUCGGUUUUCGUACUCACCAGAUUUGACACCGUAUGGACCUCGAGGGGGAUUAUAAUAAAAAAAAAGUGAAAAGUGAAAAUGUCUAAAUUAAUUGAUAGUCGAUUCAAUCAAAUUCCAGAUAUUUCAGGCGCAUAUCGCUGAAACUGCUUUGCCAUUGAUAUGAUUUGUACUUUCUCCGCUUGGUGUGACCUUGACUGAUUGACCAGACUUGUCUUUGUCGAGCACGGGUUGCCGAAUAUCAUUGUCUUUCAUGUGUAUGUAUGUAUGUAAAUACGGUGAUAGACACGAGCGUCUCACUACAUCACUACGGGUUGUUGAAACAUAUACAUUGUUAUACUCUUUCCUUGAAAUAAAUUGAAGCUUGUUGAUUAA